AAAAUCGGGUCUUCAACGGUCGAAUUUUAUACUUUCUUCUCUCUAUUUUCUCUCCUAUCCACAACUUUAUCCUCCUUCACAAUAGCAAUUUGCGAAUCUUUAAUUUCUCAAAUUCAAUCCUGCAAAAUUUCUCACUGCGCUUCCGAAUUGAGACAAAGAAGUUUUCCUCUUUUUCUUUUCAUUUUGAUUUUCGGGUGAAGGUGCUUUAAAAUGUCUAAUGGUCAAUCUCCCUUUUUGCAAAUGGAAACCGCGUGUGGAUCUCUUUUACACGAAUUGCAGACAAUAUGGGAUGAGAUAGGGGAAUCUGAUGCUGUUAGGGACAGAGUAUUGAUCGAGGUAGAACAAGAUUGUUUAGAGAUAUACAGAAGAAAAGUAGACUGGGCAAACACUUGUAGAGCUCAGCUAAAGCAGUCAAUUGCUGAUGCCGAAGCAGAGCUUGCUGCCAUAUGCUCCGCCAUGGGAGAAAGGCCUUUACAUAUUAGGCAGAAUCUUGGAAGCUUGAAGGCAGAACUUGAUGCCAUUCUUCCACAGAUAGAGGAUUUGAGGAAGAGGAAAUGCGAUAGAAAAAAUCAAUUUACGGAAAUCUUACAGCAGAUACAAGACCAUAAGAGUGAAAUUUAUGGGUCAGCAGAGAAUACAUCAACAGACACCGAAGUGGAUGAAACUGAUUUGUCUUUAAGAAAGUUGGAAGAAUUGCUCGGAGAGCUGCAGUCACUUCACAAGGAAAAGAGCGACCGUCUGAAGCAGGUUCUUGAUUGCAUGACUUCUUUGAAUUCACUCUGCUCGGUGCUCGGUUUGGAUUUUAAGCAAAUUGUCAUUGAGGUUCACCCCAGUUUAGGGGAAACAGAAGGUUCAAAAGAUAUCAGCAGUUAUACCAUAGAGCAGUUGGAAGUUGCUAUACAAAGACUGCGAGAACUCAAAUUACAGAGGAUGCGGCAGCUACAAGAUCUUGCGGCUUCAUUAUUGGAGCUAUGGAACUUGAUGGAAACGCCAAUCGAAGAGCAACAGAUAUUUCAGAAAGCUACUUGUAAUCUAGUUGCUUCAGAAGAUGAGAUAACAGAACUCGACAUGCUUUCUGUCGACUAUAUUGACUAUGUUGCAGCAGAAGUUUCUCGGUUGGAAGCGUUGAAAACAAGCAAAAUGAAGGAGAUUGUAUUAAAAAAGAAGUCAGAGCUUGAAGAUAUAUGCCUGAAAACGCAUUUGAUUCCAGAAUCAGAUAGUGCAAGGGACACAGCUAUUGAUGCGAUUGAUACAGGGGCUGUUGAUGCCGCUUGUCUGCUGGAACAAAUUGAGCUUCAAAUAGCUGAAGUUAAAGAGGAAGCCUUUAGCAGGAAAGAAAUCCUUGAAAGGGUUGAGAAGUGGAUAGCUGCAUGUGAGGAGGAGAACUGGCUUGAGGAGUAUGAUAGGGACGAAAAUCGCUACAAUGCUGGGAGAGGUACUCAUCUUAAUCUGAAACGUGCUGAAAAAGCUCGUGUAUUAGUCAGUAAGCUUCCAGCAAUGGUGGAUGCCUUGGCUACAAAAACCAUAGCAUGGCAAAAUGAGAGACGAGCGGUUUUUACUUAUGAUGGAACAUGUCUUCUUUCUAAGCUUGAAGAGUAUACUACAUUACGGCAAGAAAAGGAGGUAGAGCGCAAAAGGCAGAGGGACCAAAAGAAACUUCAGGGACAGUUACUAGCGGAGCAGGAGGUUCUUUAUGGUUCAAAACCGAGCCCUAUGAAGAACCAAAUUGCGAAGAAAGGACCAGGUUUGUCGUGCGGUGGUGCAAGCAAUAGAAGUCUUUCAUUCAAUGGAGCUAUGGCACAGACUCCUAAGCCUGAUUUACUUCCUUCUGCAAAAGCCACUCCUAAUACCCCACGCAAUAGGAAGAAAAAUGAACCAGUGAAUCCGGACCAUCUCAGGGACGAAGGGAGGAUAGGUUUGGAGACAUCAAGCAUCCCAGCGAAACAGCAUUCUCUCAAUAUAAUUAAUACCUGUGAAACAGAAUUGCUUAAGAUAAGAAAGCCGUUCACUUCCAUAUCUUCUUUUACAGAUACAUCAAAGCCGAAUGCGACUAAUUUGGAAGAUCAGAAUGAAAAAAAUAUCGAGACAUUUCACAAGACACUUCCAAAUAUCAAUACACGGUUUACUACUCCUACCAAGAUAAUUUCUGCCACGGAGGAAGAGAAUCGAAAUCCCAGAACUCGUCCUUCUACACCUUCUUCAACAGUAUUAGUUUCAAUGCAGACGGCCAUGACGCUGGCUCCUCCUGCAUCUCUUCCACGUGCUGACAAGCCAAUUGAAGAUGCUGAAAAGAUCGAAUACUCCUUCGAGGAGAGGAGAGCUGGAUUUGAACUGUCCAUGGAGAAUUCAUUACAGGUGUCAUAGAAAGUAUAACUGCAUUCUUUACACAUUCAUUUAUAAGCCAAUUUAAAUGACUUAUUUAUUGUGUAAAUAGUCCAUGAACACUUGAAAUCUCUUAUGUAAUGGGAGGUUUUCUCAAAUUGCUGUUGUACAAAUUCAACUUUUGUUAGGUCUUAAAUGGAAAAAAGUUUGCAAGGGAAAAGUUAAGUUAAAAUUCCA